UGUCGUGAGAAAGAUAAGAUUCAAGACAUAAUUCAAGAGUAAUUAUUACGGUCCAUUACAGCCAUUUCAGAUGUGUAUAAAUUGCGCAAAACUUGCAAUUUAACUGUCAGUUGAGAGAAAAUUUUUACAAAUAAGGAUGAAGAGCCUUUUGAUUGCGGUGACAUUGUUGGUUGGUGUUAACAAAGUUAACGCAGAGCAGGGCGUCUUGGUCGACAUGUCCUCAGGAGUACCGCCAGGCAUCGAAACAUCUUGCCAUCCAACUUUCAAUCCUGGAGAAUGGAAGGUCGACGCAGCGUCUAAUUACGAGACUCGAGAGAGCGGCGCGCUAGACGGACAAGUGCUAGUAUCGCAGAGGGCAACAGAAUCUUGCCUGCGGAUGACCACAGCCAUCAUGAUAAAGAGUGACUUUGCUUUCGUGAUCAAAUUCUUUGUGCCGCAAACAAACUUUGAUCCUAGUGCUAGAAGAAAAAUUCAUAUAUUUUUAGUGACUGAGGAUCAGUCGAGACCUUUCCCCGUCCCACAACUAGAUAUUGUACCAGGAUGGCAGGAACUUUGGAUUCCACUUCCCUAUGGCGUUGAUUUCACAAAGAAACACUCGAUCGAGAUAUUUUCACCCAGGAGAGGCGUUGAUUAUCUCGCGAUCAGUUGGUUCAGCCUUUCCAAAGAAAACCUUGCGGCAACUAUACCUUCAGCGACUCUUCCAGGCUCAACUUUGACCACAACCCCCAGCACCACUGUAAAUAAUGUAAACACAAACCCUCAAAUCACAGAUGCUACAACCACUACUUUGGCAUCAUUUAUUUCUUCAACAACCACUACCACCACUUUCAAUACUCAAACUUCAACCCCGCUAAAUAACUCCACUACAUUUCCGACAAGAACAACUGAAACUCCUGCAACUACAACAAAGCCGCCUAUAAAGAUGUGUAGGGCGACAACGAGUCAAACGAGACCCGGUGCCCCAAGAGACUCUUCAGCUUUAAAAAAACCAUAACUAAAUCAUUUCAAUGCAAAUUUUUAAUCUAUGGCUUGCAUUAUUUUUCUUCAAAAUCUUUGAUUUUCUAACUGCUAUGUAAUAUCCAAAAAUAAUUAUGAAAAAUUAGAAAUCAAUUUUUACUGCUACUGAUCUUCAGCUAACCAUCUUAGGACCUACUUAUAGGUUGAAAAUUUCUUGUUCUAUUAGACGAGUGAGUCCUGAGAUUAGCAAAUUUUAAAACUAAAAAAAAUUAUCGUAGAACCUUUCUGGCUCUCCGUUCAUUAAAUUAAUACUAUUAGAGUUGUGCGCAGCCUGUUGGUGGCCUUAAUUGUUCUCUACCCGCUCAACAGUCAUGCAAUGCGGCACGGUAUGAUAUAAUUCUGCAGGCGCGAGAUUUGUUGUUGCUAUUUUUUGUUGAAAUUUCUCCUUAAAAUUAAUUUAUUCACCUGUGAUUCAAUUAAAAAACUUGUUGCGUUAAAAAAAUUGUUUUGCCAUUAUUCAGU